CCGUCCGAUCCGCGGACCAGAAACUACUUUUUAGUGCACCCGUCGGCCCUAUCGAUGGCACUGUUGAUGAUUGUGUACAUGCUUUUAGUGGUGGUUAUAAUUCCGGCGUUUAUGCGAAAUCGCAAACCAUUUAACCUCAAGAGUUCGAUCAUUGGUUACGAUGUAUUAAUGGUUAUGAUAAACGGAUACUUCUUUGUGAAAACUUUACAAAUAAGUCGUUUCGGUCUCGAAAUGUGGAACUUUAAGAAUACGAAAGGAGACACGUCUGAAAAAGCCAUGGAGUUUAUAGACACGGCUUAUUAUUACUAUUUAUCCAAAUUGGUUGAUAUGGUGGACACCUUCUUCAUGGCCUUCCGUAAGAAGAACUCUCACAUCUCAUUCCUUCACGUAUGGCAUCACAUAUCGCUUCCGUUCGCCGGUUGGCUAUUCAUGAAAUACAAUCCAUAUAUGCCAACGAUUUGCAUAAUUCCCAUAAUAAACACGUUUAUACACGUGAUUAUGUACUCGUACUACGGUUUGGCCGCAUUGGGUCCACAAAUGCAGAAAUACUUGUGGUGGAAGCGAUACAUCACUCAAAUACAGUUAAUGCAAUUCGUAUGUGUGAUGAGUUGGUUCGUUGUGGUCUAUUAUAAGCAAACAGAUCUGCCCAUCGGUUAUAUGGCCUGCAAUUUUGGUAACGCCGUCUUCCUAUACCUAUUGUUUGCCGGUUUCUACCGGAGCUCAUAUACUAAGACAACAACCACUCAAACGUCAAUUAAAGCUCAAAAAACUCAAUAAUUUAGUUGCCGUUAUGUUUGCCCUUUUUGUGGACACAUUUGCCAAUAAAUCUCUUUCAAAUCUGUUGCCAUUAAUUCAGUCGAUUAAAUUUAAUUUAGCUUUUUAGUUUUUUUAAAAUUUAUAUUUUAAAAUUCUAUAAUAAAUUCUAUUUACAAGAAUACUCUC